CACUUUUUUUCCAAAAUGGAAAAUAAUCUAUUGCUUUGUAUUUUAGUAUUAAUUCCUGCCUUUGCAUCCUCAGACUUUUUGCUAACACAUGUCAGAAACAUCAAGAAGCGAAAUGCUGAUAAUGACUUGGUUGUCAAUGGGAUGGAAAUCUAUAGCAUGAAAAUUGAUAGUAAAGUAACUUCCCGCUUUGCACACAAUGUCAUCACCAGUCGAGCUGUCAAUCGUGGGAAUGUGCCCAAAGAAGUCUUCUUUGAUGUUGAACUCCCUAAGACAGCAUUCAUUACCAACUUCAGCAUGACAAUUGAUGGUGUCACCUAUCCUGGAACUAUAAAGGAAAAAGAAGCUGCAAAAAAGCAAUAUGAGAAGGCUGUUUCAAGAGGACAGACUGCUGGUCUUGUCAAAGCUUCAGGAAGAAAAACAGAAAAAUUCACUGUCUCAGUCAACAUUAAAGCAGCCAGUACAGUCACUUUUGAACUCACAUACGAAGAACUGCUGAAGCGACAAUUUGGAAAAUAUGAAAUGUUCAUCAAAGUAAAACCAAAGCAGCUUGUCAAAGAUUUUGAGAUUGAAGUAGAUAUCUUUGAGCCCCAGGGUAUUGCUGAGCUGGAAGCAGAAGGAACAUUCAUCACCAAUGAGCUACAAAAUACCAUUAAAAAAACUUUUUCAGGAAAAAAGGGCCAUAUCUCUUUCAAGCCAACCCUCGAUCAGCAGCGAACGUGUGCAAAUUGCUCAGAGUCUGUCUUGGAUGGGGAUUUUACUGUAAGAUAUGAUGUGAAGAGAACAACUCCAGAUAAUUUGCAGAUUGUCAAUGGCUAUUUUGUACACUUCUUUGCACCAACAAAUCUUCCGAAGUUGUCCAAGAAUAUUAUUUUUGUAUUGGAUACUAGUGGCUCAAUGUCUGGAAGAGAAAUUGAACAAACAAAAGAAGCACUGCUAAAAAUCCUAGAUGACAUUAAAGAAGAUGACUUCUUCAAUUUCAUAUUAUUUGAUAGUGAAAUAUCUACCUGGAAAGAAACAUUAAUCAAGGCCACUCCUGAGAAUUUGGAUGAAGCAAGGAAGUUUGUUCAGCACAUUUCUGCUCAAGGCUUGACAAAUUUACAUGGUGGCUUGAUGAGAGGAAUUGAUAUUCUGAAUGCUGCUCAUGAAGAAAACCUUGUGCCCAAGAGAAGCGCUUCAAUAAUUAUAAUGUUAACAGAUGGCCAGCCAAAUGUAGGUAUAUCAAAUACUCAUGAGAUUGAGAAAGCAGUGAAGAAGGCCAUUGAUGGCAGAUACACCUUAUACAAUCUUGGCUUUGGCAGUGGUGUCGACUACGGCUUCUUGGAGAGGAUGGCACUGGAGAAUAAAGGAUUAGCCCGUCGGAUUUACCCUGACUCUGAUGCAGCUUUGCAGCUUCAGGGGUUUUAUGAUGAGGUGUCAAAUCCAAUGCUCAUAGAUGUGGAGUUAAACUACCCAGAAAAUGAAAUAUCAGACCUAACUACUAACAGCUUUAAGCAUUUCUAUGAUGGGUCUGAGAUUGUGGUGGCUGGGCGCUUUCUGGACAGCAACCAAAACCAUUUGUCUGUAGAUGUAAGAGGUGAAGGUGCUCACAAUGCCCUGUCGUACACUACAGAGCAAGGUGCUGAGCAAACAGCUCAGGCUUUCCAAGAACAACAGUACAUAUUUGGAGAGUACAUUGAAAGGCUCUGGGCUUAUCUUACCAUUGAACAGCUCUUGGAAAAACGCAUUACAGCCACAGGAGAAGAAAAGGAGAACCUUACAGCUCAAGCCCUGGCUCUCUCACUGCUGUACAAGUUUGUAACACCACUGACAUCCAUGGUGGUAACAAAACCAGAAGAAAAUGACAAUGAAGAGGGGAUUGCUGAUAAACCCACUGAAGCUGAAGCAGGGAUGUUCACGGGUCCUUUGGUGGCUUCACCACUCUAUCACACAUAUGCAUCAGCACCCACAUGGUAUACUAGUGUUGAUGGAGAUCCACACUUCAUUAUAUCAGUGCCACAAAAAAAAGAUGCCAUUUGUUUCAAUAUCAAUGAAAACCCUGGCAUUAUCUUAAAUUUAAUAAAUGACCCAGUUACAGGCAUCACAGUGAAUGGAGAACUUAUUGGUGAUAAGAGACCAAAUAGUGAUGCAAAGAUCCAAAACUCAUAUUUUGGAAAACUUGGUAUUGCAAAUAAACACCUGGAUGUAAAGCUGACAGUAACUCCUGAGAUGAUCACAAUUCAGAAUGGUGAUGAAAAAACAGGUUUUACCUGGCUGGACUCAGUCACCUUGCAACAAGCAGGUUUAACUUUGAUCAUUAACAGGAAAAAAAAUCUGGUGCUCUCAAUGGGCAGUGGUGCCUCAUUUGUUGUUGUUUUGCACCAAGUGUGGAAGAAACAUCCUCUCCAUCAAGAUUUCCUGGGACUGUAUACAUUGAAAAGUCAUAAACUGUCUGAACAGACCCAUGGAUUAUUAGGACAGUUUUUCCGGCCCAUUGACUUCACCAUACUUGAAAUUCAUCCUGGUUCUGAUCCCAAGAAACCAGAUGCCACAAUGAUUGUUAAAAACAAUGAACUGACAGUAACAAGGGGCUGGCAGAAGGAUUACAGAAGAGAUCCUGUACACGGGGUUGAUAUUCCUUGCUGGUUUGUCCAUGACAAUGGAGCUGGGCUGAUAGAUGGUGUUCACACAGAUUAUAUUGUUUCCAGUCUCUUCUAAGCAACUUCCUCCAAAUGCACAGGCAGACAAUAUUUGUCUGAAAGAACAGUAUUUGCAAUAUAUAAGAUCUCUUCAAAGCAUAUAAGCAUAUAUAUUUAGCAAGGGCAAUGUAUGAUAGAUUCUCAUAGAGAGUUUUACUGUGUAUUUGAUCCAACCUGAAGUGCAAGAUCCCUCAUCCUCUGAAGUAUCCUCCUUAUCGGGUUUAAAAUUCUGACUUAAAAUGUUGCUUUGUAAAACAUAACUCUACCCAAUUUUUAAUCAAUAAUUGAGUGUCAGGAGUGAUUAAAUAAACGUAUCAGUACUCAG